AUGUCAGUAUAUUUGUACCACAAUAAACCUCACAUUUUCGGUUCUGAAAGGGAAGUUUCUGAGGUACAUCUUCGGGGCAUCAAUUCGUUGCGGGACAGCAGAAAUGAGACAAAUGAGAGAACAGAUAUACGAGAUAAACAAACUAGUAGCAAUGACAAGAGUGAAAAUGAUGCCAACAUUAUUUUUGAGUGUUCCAACCAAGAAAAAAUUAAAGAACUGCAAUCAAGCUUGGGGAAAUUGUUUCGAGACAGUACCUUGGAAUGCUCUACAUGGACAAAGAAAACCGCAGAAACGCCGUGUCAUCUUGUACUCCCAAACGAUGAACCUAAGAACAAAGACGACAGUUCUUCCGUGUGCUCAGUGUCAGAGGGUGCAGAAUUCGAUAAAUCACCGUGCGUUAAUUCUCCCAUUUUAGUUGAAAUAUUAAGUGAAUCUGAUGGUUGUCGUGUGGCAACUUCUCUUUGUCUUGAUCUCCAAACCGAAGAUCCUAAAGAAAAUACUAUAAUGGAGCUUCAAUGUUACGUAAUGGAUGUUAAACAGUUUGAUUUUAGACAUCUUAUUAUUAUCGGAAAACGUUAUUGUGGAAUGCUUUUUAUGGAUUGUUUUGGUCGCGUGUUUGAUUGGGAUUCAGAUGGUCAUGCAUUAUGGUCUCUCGGGGAUUAUUUCGAAAUCAUAUCAAAGGAGAAAUCUGAAAAAAACUAUGAUGAUCGGAUAGCAUGGGACGUUUUAGAGGAUGGAACUGUGUUUGUGCUACAUAAAUAUGUACCAGGAUAA